AAUGUCACAGUAAAAAAAACGAAUAAAAUAGGUAUAAAAAAUUAUAAACAAAUGAGUUUAUGAAAAAUAUGACAAUAUAUACAAAAAUACAGAUUAAAGAAAUUAGUUUAGAUAUAUGAAUGAAAAAUGACGAAAUUAACUAACCCUAAUGCCGCUAGAUUUAACCCAUGUUUAAAGGAACAGGAACAAUCUUACGAAUGCUUGAAUAAAAACGGCUUCGAUCAUGAGAAAUGCGAGAAAUAUUUUGAUAAUUACAAUACUUGUAAAAAAUUCUGGGGUCAAGUAUCUAAAGACAGGAGAGCAAAAGGGAUUAAACCAUACUUGCCAGAUGUUGAAGAAAGGGAAAAAAUAAAGGCAGACUAUUUCAAGAAAGUAAUGGGGAACUGACAUACUGUUUUUAUUAUAUAAAAAUA